AUGCUUCAAGGACAUCGAAUUUACAACACCAAUACAAGAACAAAAGUCUAUAUGAGCAACUUUCCGUCUGAUGGUGGAUAUAUGGAUUCACUUUUGCUCAUGUAUAUCCAUGCUACGAUUUCUGGUGCUUUGAUUUUUUUAACAGCAGUAGCAUUUUUUGGAAUUUUUUUUGGCUCAAGUUUUGGAACCCUUCGUGUCGACUUCCCAGAGUUAAACGCUACUUCUCUUUCAAAUAUUUUUAAAACAGACGACAACGACCUUAACCAGCAACUCAGCUCUCUUUUUGGAUCACUCACUACCUAUUUACUUCAACCAUAUAGUGGUCAACGCAUUUACUCCCAUUUAUUCUGCUUUGCUCAAGUUGACGUGGAUAGAGAUGACAUUUCCUAUGGCUGUGCUCCUUUAUACGGGUUCAAGGUUGGCUACUUUAUUGAACGACUUGUACCUUAUAACUUCAAGGAGCCCAUGCUUACUGCUUAUCAUUCUAUCUCUCUAUUCAAUUCUAUUCGCCAGUAUGGGAAUUUUCACAUGAUCCUUCUCUGGGUCGUCAAGUUUUGUUUGGGUAUCCCCAUGUUCAUCAACGUAUACUUGUUCUUUUACGGGGCAUAUUUUACUUUCGAGGAUGAAAAGUCGGAUCGUAAGGCAUACAAGUAUAUUAUUAUAAAUGCCAUUCUUUUUGGUACUGGUAGUUUCAUCCUUCUUCUUUCUGAUCUCACCAUUAUGCUUAUCGUCAAUAAAUAUUUCACAGACUUGGGAUUUCAUGCCAGCCUUUCAUUAAAUGGAAACCUUUUAAUCUGGAUGACUUUCUUGAUUUCUUUACUUCAGAUAUAUGUGCAAUACAAAGUUCUCUAUGGUUUCGACAGAUUGCGAGCUGCUAUGGAAAUUGAACGACAAAAAGCUAGAAAUGGGGAAUAUAAUGACAGACAAUGGAUUGUGAUAAAUGGACUUUCCUAUAAAUUUCCUCCUAGAUACAUUUCUGAAUUUCGAGCUAGAAGGAAAGAAGAAAGAAAUGCUGAAAAAAUAAACAAGUCAGAGAAAAAGGCCGAGGCUCAAGCUAGAAAGGAGGAACAACGCGAAGCAGCUAAGCGACUUAAAGCUGAAAGAGAAGCCGAAAAACAAGCAACCAAGGAGCGACAGGACGAAGAGCGAAAGAUGAGGCUUGAAGAGGAGGGGAGAUUAAAGGCCGUCACUUUAGAACAAAAACAGGAAAGGGAAAGAGAAUUGAUUCGUUUGCGUGAGUUUGCUCAGGCUGAAAAGGAGGCCGAGAGGAUCCGCAUGCGUGAACUUGCUGAGGCCUCAAAGCAAGCUAAGGAAGAAGAACGGAAGAAACGAGAACGGGAGCGAGCCUUUGCUAAAGGACAAGCCCAUGCAGAAGCAGCAAUGAUAGCAGAAGCAAAGGCCAUUGCGCGUGCUGAAAGGAAUAAGCCUGCUUAUACUCAGGAUGACAUAGAUAACGACACUUCGAGCUUCUAUGCUGUGAAUGAGAUUCGCAGAUACCAAGAGUCUGUAGCAUACCCUAAAUCUGCCAGAACUAAGUCGACAGGAUACCCACAGUCAUAUGAGCCUUCUCGUAGAGCUCGAUAA